UGCUACUAUUUCCAACAGCGUUUAAUGGAGUGCACUCGCGCAUUUUGUGUUUUUAAAGUUGUUUUUGAACUUUUUUCAAUUUAAUGUAGCGUUGCAUUGUGUUUAACCUGAGCAAAACAUUCAAAGUGAUAUUUUCUUACAGUUUUUAAGUGGUUUUUUAUUUUGAGGAAUAAUCAUGGAGCAUCCUGAUAUUGGAUAUGAAGAAUCGGUAGAGGAUUACCAAAACUUCCAUGACCAGGAUUUGAUGAUGAGUAUGGAUAAUAUGGAGUUUAUAAACUUCAGUGAUAUUGUUAACCAAGCAAAUUUCCUGCCGUCCCCAGCCUCAGAGACAAUGGACAUUGCUUCAAAACCUGUAGUUGAAUUUCCUUUCUCUCCGCGAGGUCCACCAGUGCGCACUCCGUACGCUGGAGACCUCAACUUCACUUUGGAGGUCAACAGCAAGGAUGUCCAUAAGAAAACCUUCUUGUAUUCCCACCGCCUCAACCGUAUCUACGUGGACAGGAAGUGUAACUUCAGCAUCCAGUUCAACUGGGACUACAUAAAUGCUCCUCAAAUGUUCGUGAGGUCCACAGUUGUGUUCUCGGACGAGACUCAGGCUGAGAAACGAGUGGAGAGAUGUGUGCAACACUACCAUGAGAGCGCUACCGCUGGUAUCCAAACGCAAAUGGCCAAAAACGUUCUCCACUCAUCCCGAGAUAUCGGCACCCAGGGCGUUUACUACUGCGGGAAUGUAGACAUGGCUGACUCCUGGUACUCCGUGCUGGUGCAAUUUGACAGGACCGGACCAGAGCCCUGCAGCCAUGCUUACCAGUUCGCCUGCAAGAACUCCUGUACUACGGGCAUCAAUAGGCGAGCUAUCGCCAUCAUAUUCACCUUGGAAGAUAAGACCGGACAAGUAUAUGGUCGUCAGAAAGUAGGUGCCAGGGUCUGUGCCUGUCCCCGCCGCGACAUGUUCAAGGACGAGACUGCUGAGGGUGUCUACAAGAGUGGCAAGAAACGUAUCCCAUCCAACCGGAUCGACCCUCCCAAGACUAAGAAGAUAAAAAUCGAAAACAACCUCAUGGAGUUUGACGACAAAGUUUACAAGUUGCCUCCAUUGGAAAUCGUCGGGUCCCGAACUGUAGUGUGUGGCCUCAAGAUGAUGCUGGAAAUGAUGGAGCUGGCAGUCGAAUGCCGGAAGAAGAACGAACCAGAGGUCGUAGCACAGUACGCUCCACGCAUUGCCAACCUUAAAGACGCCAUACAGAAGAUCGAAAAUACAAGAACACCGUCACAGUAAUUAGUACCUUACGUUAUAGUAGUAAGUUGUUCUUAUUUAGUUAUCUAAGUUAGAUUUAUAAUUAUUAUGUUUGUAUUUUCGUUUUCCAUUUUUUUUUGACAUUUCAUAUAAUC